AUGGAGAGAAAUCAGAGAAUACUAGGACAGCCAGACAUUGAUGAAGAUAAUGGAGAAGAGAGCAACGUUGUUGAUGAACUGGAUAUGAUAAUGAACGUAAUCAACCGAAAGCUCGUCCCUGAACUUGGGAGGAUAUUAGGGCGUCAAUGGACCAAAAAUGAUCACUUAAGGACGAUGAAAAGAGGGACUCGAGUAGCAGAUGCGGUUAAUCUCGAGAUCGCUCAUCUUGGAGCCACCGGGGCCGUGGCUGAAGAACUCGCCCAAGUUCUUCCCGACUACAUCCGGAUGUUGAGGCACGCAUGGCGGGUUUUCAACGAACGCCACUCAGAACCACUCAAUGAUUACGUUCUCUCUCUAUUUGAGAAGCGUCGUUACACGGAUGAUAAAGAUGAUGGAGAAGAAGAAUGCUGCAUAUGUCUGGAGCAUCUACGCAGAGGACUCGUUGCGACUCUGAGCUGCGGCCAUGAGUUCCACGGGUUCUGUGUAGGGAGGUGGCUCUGCUGUGGCAAGAAUUUCUGCCCCCUCUGCAAAGCUAGGGCUAUUGUGUAUUGA